GCGGCAGAAGCUUUGCGGAAGUGAAUAAAACCGGAGUCAUAUGACCGAUUAGCGGCUGGAGAACAUGUUAGCCCGACAUGGGUAAACAUACCGGACACGGUGACUCAUCAGCCCCCAGCACCGCGACAAUAACCGCCUGAGCUCGUGCUCCGACACGGUGAAUAUCUGUGGUGACUUGAGCACGCGCUGAGCUCACGGCUGUGUGGUUCGUCGCUGCUGUUAGCAGUUAGCAGCUGAGCUGGAGCCGCGACCGUUUGUCUACGACGGUCCGCCGAUGGAGGAGAUAAAGGUGUCUCCUGAUUACAACUGGUUCAGAAGCACAGUCCCCCUGAAGAGAAUCAUCGUUGACGAUGACGACAGUAAGGUGUGGUCCCUGUACGAUGCCGGUCCAAAGAACAUCAGGUGUCCCAUCAUCUUCCUCCCUCCGGUCAGCGGGACAGCGGAGGUGUUCUUCCAGCAGGUCCUGGCUCUGACCGGCUGGGGCUACCGGGUCAUCUCGCUGCAGUAUCCGGUCUACUGGGAUCUUAUGGAGUUCUGUGAUGGCUUCAGGAAGCUUCUGGACCACCUGCAGCUGGACAAGGUUCAUCUGUUUGGAGCGUCUCUGGGUGGAUUCCUGGCCCAGAAGUUUGCAGAGUGCACACACAAGUCUCCCAGAGUGCACUCGUUGAUCCUCUGUAACUCCUUCAGCGACACCUCCAUCUUUAACCAGACGUGGACAGCUAACAGUUUCUGGCUGAUGCCAGCCUUCCUACUGAAGAAGAUAGUCCUGGGGAACUUUGCUAAAGGACCUGUGGACCCUAAAAUGGCAGAUGCAAUUGACUUCAUGGUAGACAGGCUGGAAAGUCUGAACCAAAGUGAGUUAGCUUCACGGCUAACACUCAACUGCCAGAACUCGUACGUGGAGCCACACAAGAUCAAAGAUGUGGCUGUGACCAUCAUCGAUGUGUUCGAUCAGAGCGCUCUCUCGCUGGAGGCCAAGGAGGAGAUGUACAAGCUGUAUCCCAACGCCAGGAGGGCCCACCUGAAAACGGGAGGGAACUUCCCGUACUUGUGCAGGAGCGCUGAGGUCAACCUCUACAUACAGAUCCACCUGCGUCAGUUCCACGGGACCAGAUAUGCUGCCAUAAGUCCUGCCAUGGUGAGUGCUGAGGAGCUGGAGGUCCAGGAGAGUCACCUGAACAGCAACCAGGACCCGGAGGACGGCCAGUGAAAACACGUCUACCUGUGCCCCUUCUUUUCCAAUUCUCCUGAACUCAUUUCAAAAGGAGCCCAAUCAGCAGCUGAGAAUCUUUCUACCUGACGAUGAAGCAAUACUUUGAUAAAGAUGUGGAUGUGUACAAUGCUCUGCUUUAAUAACACACACUUUGCCUUAUGUUGGAUGAAUACUGCCUGAGUUGAGGAUUAAAUCAUGUUUAUGGAGUCACUAUGAAGACGUUACAGAGACCAGCUGUAAUUUACUGAGAUUGAAUUUCAUUUUGGAAUAUAGUACUUUUUCUCAGAAUUUUACAUCGUGUUUUCUUUCCAAGCAAAUUCAUCCUGUUGGACUGUAAAUAAAACCAGAAAGCAACGACCCAUAAA